AUGGACAAAUUGCCCUCAGAUGAUAAAUUUCAAGCAUUGAAGGAAAGGUGGUUUAGGGAAGGUGGCCCUAAUAGGAAAAAAAGAAACUUGGGGGAUUUUGCCAAAACAGUUAAAGACUUGAUUGAUGAAAUGUUGAAAGAAAUGAGUAUGAAGGCUGAAGAGGAUACUGGUAUAGACCUAUGCGACAUGAUAGGGAAAGAAACGCGAAAGGAAAUGACACAAAAGGAAAAGGAAGAGUGUGCGUUCAUUGUAAAUAGUUUGAUGAAAAUGAAGGAAAUGGACAAGGGUAAAUGUAGGAAAGGAGAAAUUGACGAAGAAAUGAAGGCAUAUGUAAGAUGUGCAGUGCUUAAUAUGUGGUUACAUAAAUAUCAAAAUGUGCAUUGCGGAGCAAAUGCUGUUAUAAAAAAUGCAUUUGGCGCAAUGGGGGAAGGGCACAAACCAUUCAGUGGGGAGGGUAUGUGUGAAGAAUGCAGACCCACAUUUAUGGAGCCUAUGAUGAUAAUAAAAGGGGGAAUGCCCAUGUUAAGGUAUAUUCAACUUGCUAUGGACAGAAAUGAAGACAUUAUGCAAAUAAUAAAAAGCAGAGAACCGAAGGGAGAAUGUAAAGGGGAGAAUAAACAUAGUGGAUCGGUAGUAAGUCUCCCGGACAAUAGUACUAUAAUAAGUCUCGUAAGAAGAAUGGCACCAGGGAUGAUGCAAGGACCAAAGGCGGCAAAGACAGCCUCCACAGGACAGCACGAAUUUUUAAUGAAAUUACUGCUAAGUUGGUUAUGGGCAAGGGGUGACGGGUGGAACGAACCAUUACAUGUAAGUUACUUUAAAUAUAAAAGGCUGUAG